AUGCAUAUCAGCAACCAUAAGAAGUGGGCAGCUACAAACCCCAAUGGUAUCUCCGACCUCGGUUUCACCCUUACGAAGCACCGUAAGCAUCUGCCCCAUAGAGCGUUCAUUGUCUCUCAGCGUGAAAAGUCAACCGAAGUCUCAAGUCUGUCCAAGGUCCCUCCUGGUCCUCUGUCUCUGGUAUUUGUCUUCAGUGGCCAAGGCGCGCAAUGGCCUCGUAUGACGAAAGAACUCAUCGAAAGCGAUGCAGCUUUUCGCAGCGACUUGAACACCAUGAAUUCAGUCAUUCAGAAGCUUGAGUUUCCGCCGAGCUGGAACCUCAUAGAUGAGCUCCUAGAGCCUGCGGAAACGUCAAAACUUAACAACGCUGAACUCUCACAGCCACUUUGCACUGCUAUUCAGUUGGCACUGGUCAACAAGUUCUCCCGCCUGGGACUCUCUCCCUCUGCUAUUGUUGGCCAUUCCAGUGGGGAAAUAGCCGGUGCUUACGCAGCUGGUCACAUCUCUAUGGAAGAAGCCAUUCUUAUUGCAUACUAUCGUGGAUAUGUGACAACAAAGCAGACCCUUCGCGGCGGAAUGGCGGCCGUCGGCAUGGGAGUCCAAGAUACUUCUAAGUAUCUAACUGAUGGCGUUGAAGUGGCUUGUGAGAAUAGCCCGAAAAGUAGUACAAUCUCCGGAGAUGCACAUAGCGUCGCCCAAGUUGUUCAAGCGAUCAAAGAGGCUGAUCCUGACAUGUUUGCUCGUCUACUAAAGGUACAUAUGGCUUAUCACUCACAACAUAUGUUACCCUUGAGUGCUGAGUACCAAAAUCUUCUCGAGUCUGAACUCACGACGCUCGCUGGUCCCGUCUCCUCCACUAAGAUUGCGAUGUUCUCCACUGUCACCACUGAGUUGGCAGAUGCAUCUUUGCGUGACCCGUCGUAUUGGACCCAGAAUCUUAUGUCACCAGUCAAAUUCUCAACGGCUGUGUCAAAGUUGCUUGCAGCGAAUCAACCAUGUCUCUUCCUGGAAAUCGGACCGCACUCUGCCUUGGCCGGGCCUCUGAGGCAGAUCUGUGCAUCCUCUUUACUACCCUGUCACUACAUCUCUUCCCAACUUCGAGACCAAGAUUCCUCCGCCGUUUUUCUUAGUGCAUUGGGCAAACUCUACCAGCAUGGCAUCGCUCCUGACCUCGCAUCGCUGUUCCCCAACUCAAAGGCCAUAUCAGGCUUACCAACUUAUCCUUGGGACCACAGCGCAACAUACUGGUCUGAGAGUCGUAUAUCGAAGGCCUGGCGGUCCAGAGAGUACCCCCAGCAUUGCCUUCUGGGUUCACGCAACUUUGACGGAUCAGAUCUAGAACCUCAAUGGCGAAACAUUCUUAGUCUUGAAGAUGUGCCAUGGCUUAUGGAUCAUAAACUGAAACGAGAUGUGGUUUUCCCGUUCGCUGGGUACAUCGCUAUGGCUGGUGAAGCUGUCAGACAGGUAACUCGGUCUCCUAUUGGUGGGGGCUAUCGCCUGCGACAUGUCAUUGCUCAUCGGGCCCUUCUGCUUUCCGACUCGGUUGAAGUUUCUACUAGCUUGCGCAUUCACCAACUCAACGACCUUGAGGAAUCUAAAUGGUACACAUUUACGAUAUCGUCAUACGACAGUUCAUGUUGGACCAAGCACUGCACGGGACAAGUCAGCGUUCUUGAGAAAGUCAGGGCUACGGGUUGGACUCCUGAAGUACUCCCUCGGCAGGUUGAUUGUGCACGAAUAUAUAGCCAACUUGCUCACAUUGGUUUUGUGUAUGGUCCAGAGUUUCGUGGUCUGCUAGAUGCGACGGUUUCUCCUUCGGAACACCUCGCCCACGGCCGCGUCUCCAAUAGGACGAAGCAGAAUCACUCUGCAUUCACUUUACAUCCAGCGACUAUAGACACUGGUCUUCAGUUGCUUCUUGUGUCGGAAGCAAGGGGUCUAGCGAGAAAUAUUGCUGAACUCGUUGUACCUACAGCCAUUGAAGAAGUCGAGGUUAGCACAGGCUCAGAUUCAAUGGAUGCCAAAGCAUGGAGACUUCAUGGAACAGAAUCGUGCGUUGAACUUGAUGCUGGCGGUAACAUAGCCCUUCGUGCUUCAGGUAUACACUUGAGGGCCCUUGGAGAAGACGUGCCGCUUGAGGCACUUGAUGCACACGCCGCUUCGAGACUCACCUGGCUUCCACACUUUGAUUUUGUAGACGUCUCAACACUCUUCGUUCCACCGGCUAUCAUCAGAACUGAGUGCCACCUUCAAGAGGAGUUGACCCUGCUUUGCAUCAUCGAAACUGUGGACAAGAUUAAAUCUCUUGAGCCAUGCCAGCCUCACUUCACCAAGUUCAGAGACUGGCUCAGGAAACAGCUUGACUGUGCCGCAUCAGGAGACUACAAACUUGUCAGCAACUCACGACAGCUUCUUGAUGCUUCACAGGAGUACAGACUAUCCAAGAUCGAAGAACUAACUACCAAGUUGCUAGAGAUGCCACAGAAAGCGCUCAUCAUUGGACUUCGACGCCUCUUUGAUGAUAUGGAGAACCUAUUCACUGGCAAAGCAGCAACUAUCGAGACAUUACUCAAAGACAACGUCUUGGCAGAUAUCUAUAACGCCAUGACCUUCGAUUACUCAAGGUUUCUGCGAAUUCUUUCACAUACUCGCCCUACACUUAGAAUUCUCGAGGUUGGAGCUGGGACAGGAGGCACUACCGAGACUAUCCUGCGAGGCCUAGCGCAGGUACACGGCCUGCCAGCUUACUCGGUCUAUACUUUCACAGACGUUUCUGCUGGCUUCUUUCCCGCUGCCAAGGAUCGUUUCUCCGAUGCUUCAAACAUGGACUUCAAGGUCCUCGACGUAUCCCGGAAUCCUCUGGAGCAGGGCUUCCCAGGCGGAACAUAUGAUCUCAUCGUCGCAGCCAACGUGCUGCAUGCUACGCCUUGGCUGCAUGAGACGUUGAGAAACAUUCGAGUGCUACUCAAGCCAAAUGGCAUACUUGUCAUGACAGAAGUUUGCAGUCUAUCGCGGUUGACUAACUUUGUGUUUGGCAACUUUUCUGGUUGGUGGUUGGGUGAGCAGGAUGAUCGACCAGAUCAACCUUACGUGCCCGUAUCACGAUGGGAGCAGGAGUUGAAGAGAUCCGGCUACAGUGGAGUCGAUGUAGCUGUGUACGACGAUGAAGAGCCAUAUCGGCAUUUCUCUGUCAUAUCUCCUAUUGACCUAAGUGAGGAUCAUUUCGGUACUCUGAUCACAAGUGUCUUUGAGAAAGUCAUCCAAGAUCAAGACAGUGAGACUCUUGAACCAGACAGAGAAUACGUUGUGCGUGGAGGCGCAAUCUGUGUUGGCCGGUACCAACCAAUUCGUAUCGCUGAUGAAGCGUUGGAAAAGACCCAGCGCGGCGAGGUAAUGAAGACUUUGCAAGUCGACAAGCCGGGAGCCCUCGAUACCAUGAACUGGGUUGCUUCCGCGAUUCCAGACACGAUCAUGGAGGACGAAAUUGAGGUCAAAGUUCACUCCGCCGGUCUCAACUUUCACGACGUUGUCUCAGCUAUGGGUAUAAUCCCCUCUGACACUCGACAUGUAUUUCCAGGCAUCGAAGUGUCUGGUGUAGUCAGACGCCUCGGGAGCGCAGUGACUGGCUUUUCUAUCGGAGAUCGCAUCAUGAGUAUAUGCUACAGCGGUGGCUUCUCCACGCACUUCACAGCUAAGCACCACUACAUGCACAAGAUUCCCGAAGAAAUGAGCUUCGAAGAAGCUGCCACCAUCCAAUGUUGCUUUUCUACAGUCAUAUAUGCAUUAAUUGACGUAGGAAAAAUGCGCAAGGGAACGAGCGUGUUGAUUCAUUCUGCCUGCGGCGGUAUUGGUCUUGCAGCUAUCCAGGUAGUGCAAAUGAUGGAGGGGGAGAUAUACGCCACGGUUGGAAACGAGGAGAAGAGGGAAUAUUUGGUCAAGCAGUACGGGAUCCCGCGGGAACACAUCUUCCACUCUCGUGAUGCUUCGUUCCUGGAUGGCGUGAUGCAACAAACGGCUGGGCAAGGCGUUAACCUGGUUUUGAACUCUCUCAGCGGCGACCUUCUCAAUGUCUCUUGGAAAUGUGUUGCCAAGUCUGGUACUCUUAUCGAGCUUGGAAAACGUGAUCUGGCCUCACAUGGUCAGCUUGACAUGAGCGGCUUCUUGGAAAACAGGUCAUACUGUGGUAUAGAUAUGCACUAUCUGAUAGGAGAGCAGCCUAUGUUGGUAAAGGAUGUUGUGGAAAGAACUCUUGAGUUCUUCAGACAAGCAAAACUCAGAGCCCUGAGACCUGUUAAGUCCUUCGGUGCCGGCGAUGCCAAAAAGGCAUUUCGCUACCUCCAAGACGGCCAGCACAUGGGAAAGGUAGUUCUCAAAAUGUCUACAGAUUUAUCGGAGCCUGAGGUAAAAGUGACAACCCAGAUACAGUUCGACCCUCUCGCGUCUUACCUUCUCGUUGGUGGAAUGGGUGGUCUCGGUAGAGCCUUGGCAGUGUGGUUAGUGGAGCGAGGGGCUAAGCAUCUUGUGUUUCUCUCAAGGUCAAGGGGUGGUAUGACGGGCAACAAGCUUUCUUUUGAACUUGAAGCUAUGGGCUGCAGUGUCAUUGUAGUCAAGGGAAGUGUUAAUAAUUUGCAGGACGUAGAAGAGGCCAUCAGCAAGGUCCCGUAUCCCUUCAAAGGUGUCUUUCAUCUCGCCAUGGUUCAGAGGGACUCUCCUUUGCUGGAAAUGAAGUGGGAGGAUUGGAAAGAAGCCGUCGAGCCCAAAGUUAAUGGGACUUGGAACCUCCAUCAAGCGCUCCAUGACCAGCCCCUGGAUCACUUCUGGCUAGCAAGUUCCGCGGUCACAUUUGCAGAUCAACCUGGACAGGGCAACUACAAAUCCGGAUGUAUUUUCAUCGAAUCCUUCUGCCAGUAUAGACACUCUCUUGGUCUUCCCGCAUCGGUGCUGUCAAUAUGCGGUAUUGAAGACGUCGGAUACCUGGCAGAGAAUCCAUCUGCGCUUCGCAGCAUUAAGCUUCAGGGUCUACACACUGUAAGGGAGAAGCAGUUUCUUGAAAGUGUAGAAGCCUGUCUGUUCAAUUCUGCACCGAGUAGUCAUCGAUCUGCCGGCGGUAGCUUCCAGAAUUUGGCCUCAGGUGAGUGGUCGCCUUGGAAGGAUAACGGCCAUAUUGUGAUGGGUAUGAGGUCUCAUCUCCACCUCGACGAUGCCAAGAAUCCUACCAAUUGGCGUCGUGAUCGUCGAAUGGGUGCAUAUCACAACCUAUCUACUGGAGAUCAAUCCGACACACGAGGCGAAAGGAGUCAACUCAAGUACUUUCUACAAAGCGUUAGUGAAGGCCAAGGGGAUGCUGUUGAAAUACUGGCGAAGAAAGAGUCGAUUGCCUUCCUAUCUAUCGAGAUUGGCACCAAGGUUAACGAUUUUCUUCUCAGGCCAGAUGGACCUGUUGAUCCUAGCCUCAGACUGUCUGAUAUGGGCCUCGAUUCACUUACUGCGAUUGAAUUGCGGCGAUGGUUUAGUCAAGUAUUUGGUUUGCAAGUCAGUGUGUUGGAGAUGAUUGGGGCGCCGUCGCUGAGGGAGGUUGCAAAGAUUGUAGCAACCAGAUUGGGGGAGAAACUUAAUCGGUAG